AUGAUUAUACGCUUUGGGACUUGUAACUCCCAUUACAUUGAAACCUUUUUUCUUCCUCAACAAGUUAUCUCUCGUGUCUUUGUUUUGUUAUUAAUCGUUUUGUGGUUCUACAGGUUGCCUCCGUUAGAGUCUCUCCUCGAUAUAGAAGAUCUGAAACCAACUCGGAGUUUGCAUUUUCAGUUUCAGUACGAAAGCUUUGAAGAUCUCGUCGAGAGCAUUGACGUGACUAACAUAAUCCCAUCUGAUGAUAUUGACAUGCUGGCACAAGAACCUUACAUCUCCAGUGGAUCCUCCUCGCCAUUGGCUGUUGAAAACGACUGUCCCAGUUCGAACGUGAGAUCUGAAAAGAGGACGGUGAAGAAGAGGAACGCUAAGAAAAAGAGGCAGGACAAGUUAGAGAUGUCUGAGAUCAAACAGUUCUUCGAUAGACCAAUCAUGAAAGCUGCGAAAGAACUCAACGUGGGACUUACCGUGUUGAAGAAGCGAUGCAGGGAACUAGGUAUUUACCGGUGGCCUCACCGGAAGCUCAAGAGUCUUAACUCCCUCAUCAAGAAUCUCAAGAGUGUUGGAAUGGAAGAAGAAGUGAAGAAUUUGGAGGAACAUAGGGUUCUUAUAGAGCAAGAACCGGAUGCUGAACUCAGUGAUGGAACAAAAAAACUGAGGCAAGCUUGUUUCAAAGCUAAUUACAAGAGACGUAAGUAA